AAAAAUAUUUUCUUAUUUUUGAUGGAUUUAUCAACUAAUUCCUCAAAAUUCCCCACACAAUCUUUAUUAGUCGAAUCAACAACUGGAAAUGAAACAAAUUUAAUUUCAAAUAAUAAUCAGUCUACAGAAAACAAAUUAUGUUUAAUUUGUGGGCAAAUGAGUCAUGGAUUCCAUUUUGGAAUUUUGGCUUGCAGGGCCUGUGCUGCAUUUUUUCGUCGAACUGUGGUUGAAAAUAAAAAUUAUUUUUGUAGACAAAAUGGUCAAUGUCCGGUUAAAAAAGAAAUGAGGAAUAUGUGUAGAGCUUGUCGGUUUGAACGGUGUAUUCGGUUGGGGAUGAAUAAGGAAGAUGUUCAAAUGAAUAGAGACCCAAUUGGAAAAAGAAAUGUAAUUAAUAAAUCUUCGGUUAAUAAUGACGAAGAAGAAAUAAAUAAUAAUGACAUUAAAACAGCAUUUGGAAGAAUAAUUAAAGAGAACCCAAUAAUUUCCCCUUUAAAUUCCGAACAUUUAUUAAAAAACAGCAAUUCCCCUAUUGGAAUUAAUGCAAGUAGUUUAAAUAAAAUUGCUUUACCCCAAAAUAUUUGGCCUAUUCAAAAUAAUUUUGAAAAUAAAUUAAUUGGAGGAGGAGAGAAUAAUUCGGCAUUUGCAUUAUUACCCUGUCCAGUUCCUUCAACUUCUUCAAAUUCAAUUCUUAAACGUUUAGUUGAUGGAUACAGAAAUUUUCAGGCAUCACAGAAAUCGUUAUAUACAGUUAUGUAUCCAGAUAGUAUAUUCUCUGGGGAACAGUAUCGACUAGUAAAACAUUCAGAAUAUGUUAAAAUGGAAAGAGGUUGUAUUUCAUUAAUGUAUUCAAUGUUAACAGAUUGUUUCCCAAAUUUUAAUUCUUUAAAUCAAGAAUUAAAAGUUGCUGCUUUACGUGUUUUCUCCAAUCGUUUUACUCAUUUGGAUCAAUGUUUUAGAUCAAUUUCUGUAUUCCCAGAAAAGAAUGAUACGAGAUUUGUACUUCAUUAUGGGCAAUAUGCUGAUACAAAUAAAAUUGAAUAUUUUUUUGGGGAUGAACAAGACCCGGCACAAACAGCUAAAAUGUGUAUUAAAACAAUUCAAAGAUGUAUGCAAACAGUUGAAAAAAUGAAAGAAAUGGCUAUUAGAGAUGUGGAAGUUGCUGCUAUAGCUGCUAUUAUUCUUUGGAAUGAACUUGCUUAUUUGGAUGUUCAGGAUUCAAAUACAAGAGAAAUAAUUUAUAGUGAAUUACACAACAAUUUAAUAUUAAAUUAUGGAAUUGCGGCUACUGGAAUACGUUUGGGUUUACUUAUGGAUUUAAUCCAUGAUUUUAAUCUUAUUGAAAGAGAAAUAAGGGAGAGUUGUAUUAUUAAUAAAUUUUUUAAUCCUGAUUUUGCCGAAGUUUGGGAAGAUGCUUGA